UAAGACAAUGUAGUAACAAUUGCAUAUACUGUAUUGUGUAUUUUUUUCCUUCUCUUAUAGAUCUGUUCCCCUGUCUCUAAAACUUCUUUUGUUCCUUCUUCAAAGUACUCGAUGAUGUCUUCUAAUCCAAGAGCUUUCUCUGGUAAUGAUCACUUGAUUUCUCUUCAGAAGACCGCAGAUUCAACGCGUCCACCAAUUCUUAAUGCUAUAGAGAUCUUCAUUGCACAAUCUCUAGAUGAACUUUACACCAUAACUGAUGAUGUUCAUGCCAUAGAAAACAUCAAAGCAACGUAUAAAGUGAAUAAGGUUUGGAGUGGUGAUCCUUGCUCCCCAAGACUAUUCCCUUGGGAAGGUAUUGGAUGCAGUUACAACGAUAAUAAUCAUCAAAUCAAGUCCCUGAAUCUUAGCUCAAGCGGACCAAUAGCCUUGGCAUUUAAGAAUCUCUCCCUUCUUGAGUCAUUGUAAGUAUACAAAUACAUUGACACUCUCC